UCACGCUGAAUAGAAACUUCACCGAAGGAAUAUUAUUUUUUUCUUUUGGUGGUCCAAUUCUGAGGAGAAGAAGAUAUUGCAGCCAUGAAUGUAGAGGAAGAGGUUCAGCGGCUCAAGGAAGAGAUCACCAGGCUUGGCAGUGUCCAAACAGAUGGUUCUUACAAGGUUACAUUCGGAACACUAUUUCAUGAUGAUCGAUGCGCAAACAUAUUUGAAGCACUUGUUGGGACACUAAGAGCAGCUAAAAAGAGGAAAAUAGUGGCAUACGAUGGUGAGCUACUUCUGCAAGGAGUCCAUGAUAAUGUGGAAAUCACUCUUAAUCCUUCACCUGCCGCCCCCGCCGCAGCUGUCAACUGAUACAAAUUCUGAAUGGGCUACAGUAUCCUUUGCUGCUUGAAUCACCAAUUUGCUUUUUGUGGCUGGUAUGAUACUAUUUUAUGUGAUUGUUGAUAUGUCCUGUGUGGAGAUUAUAUGUAUGUCCUCAUAUUAACAUUUGGUUUGAGGUACGUGUUUAAAUAUGUUGCAAAAUGCAAAACCAACACCUAUAGGUGUUGUUUCUUUA